AUGUAUGGAGUCAUCAUAAACAGCCAGGCGAUAAGCCUGCUUCUCCUUACGCUUUGUCAAUUAAUUACUGCUUUCCCGCAACUGACGUCGGAUCAGCUGGACGUCUACUUGCAGCAUUCAAAGAAAGACGCCAAGGAUUGUCCUUACGCUCCAAUUGUCAAACCAUACGACAACACGGGUCGGUCCAAAAGAGAGACAGUAUUCAACGCUCAGCAGCAGCGUAUCGAUGUGACGGGCGACCAUGCCUUCAUCCCCCCUAACUUCGCAGCUGGUGAUCAAAGAGGACCGUGUCCUGGCCUUAACGCGUUGGCCAAUCAUGGAUAUAUCCCUCGCAAUGGUGUUUCGGAUCUACUUACUCUUACCACGGCUUGCAACAAAGUCUACGGCAUGGGGCUCGACCUUGGUGGUAUAUUAUCAGUAGUGGGCACGGUAUUCACUGGAAACCCCAUCUCCCUGAGUCCUGGCUUCUCAAUCGGCGGACCAAGUCAGAGUAGCCAGAACAUCCUUGGGGGCCUCGGUCUCCUAGGUACGCCUGGCGGCCUCAUCGGCAGCCACAACAAGUACGAAGGCGAUGCCAGUGGUACCCGCGGAGAUCUUUAUCUUACUGGGAACAAUUUUCAUGUCCAGAGGAACCAGUUCAUCGACUAUUACUACUCGAUCCCCGAGGAUACGCCCUCUGCCAGACAAUACACAGCCCUGGGGCAGCUCCAUUACCAGCGCUUCCUGCAUUCCAAGAACAACAAUCCAUAUUUCUUCUAUGCGCCCUUCGCUGGGAUCCUUGUCACGCCUGCGUCUUAUUCGUUCCCCCCUCGCAUGAUGGCCAACCACUCGGAACAAUACCCCAACGGUUACCUGUCGCGGCAGAACUUCGCCGACUUCUUCGGGGUUCAGGGUAACGACAGGAGCAACUUUGUCGUCAAGCAGGGAUGGGAGCGCAUUCCGGACAACUGGUAUCGGCGACCAAUCGGCGACGAUUUCUCGCUGGUCGCCUUCCUUCUGGACGUGGUAGAGCAUAGUCUCGAGUAUCCCGCUCUUCUGGCCGUCGGGGGCAACACCGGGACACCUGACAGUUUCGCCCUGGUCGAUGUCGGGAACCUGACCGGCGGUGUGUACAACUCUGUCAACCUCCUAGACCCGGCAAAACUUGAGUGUUUUGUGCUACAGUUGCUCAUGACUCAGAUUCCGGACUUCGUGGGUUCGUUCUUCGCGAAUGUUAGUGCGGCAGCGGCGCCCUUGCUGGACCGCAUCGUGCAGACGUUGGCUGGAGCUGUGUGUCCGCAGUUGCAAGAGGUCCACACUGAGCUGUUCAAUAAGUAUCCAGGUUAUACCAAAGCCUACAGCGGCUAUGCUGGCUUGAAAUCAAGUGGUGGUCUUCUUGGAAGUCUACUGAGUGGACUUCUUGGAGGAGGCAGACGUUGA